GCUGCCUUACCAGAUUUUGAAGUAAGACACGUCCUCACCGGAAGGGUUCCCGGCAUCUCCCAUGGGCCUGAUCAAUUGCCAGCGAAUGCCAUGGAAUGUUGUACUAAGAAGCACCCCCCAGAGGAGGAAAGGCGGGUGAAGGCGAACGCGCGGGAAUAUAACGAAAAGUUUCAAUAUGCGAGCAACUGCAUCAAGACGUCCAAGUACAACGUGGUCACGUUCCUUCCCAUCAACCUCUUUGAGCAAUUCCAAGAAGUGGCCAACACUUACUUCCUCUUCCUCCUCAUCCUCCAGCUGAUCCCGCAAAUCUCCUCCCUUUCGUGGUUCACCACCAUAGUGCCUUUGGUUCUCGUUCUUACCAUCACGGCGGUCAAGGACGCCACCGACGACUACUUUCGCCACAAGAGUGACAACCAGGUGAACAACCGUCAAUCCCAAGUGCUGAUCAAUGGGAUCCUCCAGCAGGAACAGUGGAUGAACGUUCGCGUCGGUGAUAUCAUAAAGUUGGAGAACAACCAGUUUGUGGCGGCUGACCUGCUUCUUCUGUCCAGCAGCGAACCUCACGGGCUUUGCUACAUCGAGACGGCGGAACUGGACGGGGAGACCAACAUGAAGGUACGGCAGGCCAUUCCCGUGACGUCGGAGCUGAGCGACACCAGCAAACUUGCGCACUUUGAUGGGGAGGUGAUUUGCGAACCACCCAACAAUAAACUGGACAAGUUCAGCGGGACGCUCUACUGGAAGGACAGCAAGUACCCUUUAAGCAACCAGAGUAUGCUGCUGCGUGGUUGCGUCCUUCGCAAUACGGAGUGGUGCUUCGGCCUGGUCAUCUUCGCGGGCCCAGACACCAAAUUGAUGCAGAACAGUGGCCGUACUAAAUUCAAGAGGACGAGUAUUGAUCGUUUGAUGAACACUCUGGUGCUUUGGAUCUUUGGCUUUCUGGUGUGCAUGGGCGUGAUCCUGGCCAUUGGCAACUCCAUCUGGGAGUAUGAGGUGGGCGCCUGCUUCCAGAUCUACCUGCCCUGGGACGAGGCGGUCGACAGUGCCUUCUUCUCUGGCUUCCUCUCCUUCUGGUCCUACAUCAUCAUUCUCAACACCGUCGUCCCAAUCUCGCUCUACGUCAGCGUGGAGGUGAUCCGUCUCGGGCACAGCUACUUCAUCAACUGGGACAAGAAGAUGUACUGCAGCAAGCGGUGCACCCCGGCGGAGGCGCGGACCACCACCCUGAACGAGGAGCUGGGCCAGGUGGAGUACAUCUUCUCGGACAAGACGGGCACCCUCACCCAGAACAUUAUGGUCUUCAGCAAGUGCUCAGUGAACGGGCGCAGCUACGGUGAUGUUUUGGAUGUCCUGGGUUACAAGGCUGAGCUCGGAGAGAAGACGGAACCAGUAGACUUCUCUUUCAACCCCCUGGCUGACCCCAUGUUCACAUUCUGGGACACGGGCCUGCUGGACGCAGUCAAGAUAGGCGACCUCCAUGUGCACGAGUUUUUCCGCCUCCUCUCGCUCUGCCACACGGUCAUGUCCGAGGAGAAGAGCCCAGGGGAAUUGUACUACAAAGCCCAGUCCCCCGACGAGGGAGCCCUGGUGACGGCUGCCCGCAACUUUGGCUUUGUGUUCCGUGGGCGCACCCCAAAGACGAUCAUGGUUCAGGAGCUGGGACAGACCGUUACCUACCACCUUCUCGCCAUCUUGGACUUCAACAACGUCCGCAAACGCAUGUCGGUCAUCGUACGGAACCAGGAAGGGCAGAUCCGCCUUUACUGCAAAGGAGCAGACACCAUUUUGCUGGAGCGACUUCACCCAGGCAACCAGGAGCUGUAUAACGUAACCACCGACCACCUGAAUGAAUACGCCAGUGAGGGUCUCCGGACGUUGGUGCUGGCCUAUCGCGACCUCGACGAAAGCUACUACGCAGGCUGGGCCGAGCGACUGCACCGGGCCAACACUGCGGGCGAGGGCCGCGAGGAGCGUCUGGCCCGGCUUUACGAGGAAGUGGAGAACGACAUGAUGCUGCUAGGAGCCACUGCCAUCGAAGACAAGCUGCAGCAGGGCGUUCCGGAGACCAUUGCACUUCUCACGCUGGCGAACAUCAAGAUCUGGGUGUUGACGGGAGACAAGCAAGAGACGGCGGUGAACAUCGGCUACUCCUGCAAGAUGCUCACGGACGAGAUAACGGAAGUGUUCAUUAUCACGGGGCACACGGUGCUGGAGGUGCGCCAGGAGCUGCGGAAGGCUCGUGAGAAACUGAUGGACUCUUCGCGGUCCGUGGGGAACGGGUUCACCUACCAAGAGAAGCUCUCCGCCUCCAAGCUAACAUCUGUGCUGGAAGCCGUGGCGGGAGAGUACGCCUUAGUCAUCAACGGGCACAGUCUGGCACAUGCCCUGGAGGCUGACAUGGAGCUGGAAUUCCUGGAGACGGCGUGCGCCUGCAAAGCCGUCAUCUGCUGCCGUGUCACCCCCUUGCAGAAGGCACAGGUGGUGGAGCUGGUGAAGAAGUACAAGAAAGCUGUCACGCUGGCCAUUGGCGACGGGGCCAAUGACGUCAGCAUGAUCAAGACUGCCCACAUCGGCGUCGGCAUCAGCGGUCAGGAAGGCAUCCAGGCAGUGCUGGCUUCGGACUACUCCUUCUCACAGUUCAAGUUCCUGCAACGCCUCCUGCUGGUCCACGGGCGCUGGUCCUACCUGCGCAUGUGCAAGUUCCUUUGCUACUUCUUCUACAAGAACUUCGCUUUCACCAUGGUGCACUUCUGGUUCGGCUUCUUCUGCGGCUUCUCUGCCCAGACCGUGUACGAUCAGUACUUCAUCACUCUGUACAAUAUUGUCUACACCUCGCUGCCUGUGCUCGCCAUGGGUGUCUUUGACCAGGAUGUGCCUGAGCAACGUAGCCUGGAGUACCCCAAGCUGUACGAACCCGGGCAGCUGAACCUGCUCUUCAACAAGCGGGAGUUCUUCAUCUGCAUCGCCCAGGGGAUCUACACCUCCGUCUUCAUGUUCUUCAUCCCCUACGGGGUCUUCAGCGACAACGCCCAGCUCGCUGACUACCAGUCCUUUGCCGUCACCGUGGCCACCUCCCUCGUCAUCGUCGUCAGCGUGCAGAUUGGUCUGGACACAGGAUUCUGGACAGCCAUCAACCACUUCUUUAUCUGGGGCAGCCUGGCUGUUUACUUCGCCAUCCUCUUUGCCAUGCACAGCGACGGCCUCUUCCAGCUCUUCCCCAACCAGUUCCGUUUUGUCGGCAAUGCCCAGAACACACUCGCCCAACCGGACGUCUGGCUGACCAUCGCCCUCACCACCGUCGUGUGCAUCAUGCCUGUGGUGGCUUUCCGUUUCCUCAAGCUGGACCUGAAGCCUGAGCUCUCGGACACGGUGCGCUAUACCCAGUUGGUGCGGAAGAAGCAGAAGACGCAACACCGAUGCAUGGGUCGGGUAGGCCGGGGCGGCUCACGGCGCUCGGGCUACGCCUUCUCCCACCAGGAGGGUUUCGGUGAGCUCAUCAUGUCCGGCAAGAACAUGCGGCUCAGCUCCCUGGCCCUGUCCAGCUUCAGUGGCCGCACCAGCGCCAGCUGGAUCGAGACCCUGCGGAAGAAGAAGAGCAGCGGGGGCGGCGACAGCAGCAGCAGUGUCGCCAGCAGCCCCAGCGGCAGCGGGCCCGACAAGACGCUCAAGGUGUGAGAAGGGCCGGGAUGGACGGACGGACGGACAGACACGCAAAGGACAGGCCCGCCUGCUCGAAGAAGGGCCGGCCGCAGGCCAGAAACGGCCCGUCGGCCCCCGGUUGCUGUGGAGACGCGGAACCUUCCGGGUGGAUCGGCAGGAAUGGGCCGGAGCCCUGGGCUGUUGCCGUAUAACCAAAAAUCACCCCGUGUCUGGCUGCCAGCGUAUAGCGGCUGGGGCAGGCGGGGCAUAACGCUCAGAACAGCUCUCCCCACUCCCCCCCCCAAACCCCAGACGGACG